GUCAAAUGUAAUGACGCCCAAUGUUGAUACAAAAAAUAUAAACAAGAUUUUAAUUGCAACUCGAAUACGUAUUUUAUUAAUCUUUUGCAUUAAUUUUACUUAUGCAUGUGUCCAAAUUACAUAGUUAAUGAAAUAAAUUUUAACUAUUUUUCAAAUUUCGUAAAUCAUAAUAAGACACCGUUCAAUUCAUCUAUAGUAAAACAUUUGCAACUAAAAUAUGAUUGCCGGUGGUCACGGAGACCCUAAUCCCAACAGGUCGUGGUUGGGUGCCCGAGGAAUGUGGCUGGCAUAUCUUCUAGGUGUAUUAUCUUUCCACUUGGUGUUUCUUUCAGUGCCAUUACUAAGCAUUUCCAUGGCUUGGACUUUUACAAAUAUUCUUCAUAAUGCCGCACACCUUUAUUUUUUGCACAUAAUAAAAGGAGCCCCUUGGAUUAGCACAGAAAGUGAUUGUGCUUCUCAGCUUACUCAUUGGGAACAAAUUGAUGACGGUGAGCAAUUCACUGCUACUCGCAAGUUUCUUACCGCUGUUCCGAUAAUUUUGUUCCUUCUAACGUGCCUUUACACAAGAAACAACACUGAACACUUCAUUGCCAAUUUCAUCUCCUUGAUUGUUAUAGUUCUGCCUAAACUUCCACAAUUUCAUGGAGUGCGUUUGUUUAAUAUCAAUAAAUAUUAGACUUGUUGAGACUUUUUCUUAUUAAUCAUUUACUAACAACAAUUUUAAAAUGUAACUUGUUUUUCUGUAUUAUAAAAAAAAGAUAUAAAACUAAAUUCUAAUACAUAAAUACAUUAUUGUAAAUUUUA